AGCUCAGCCGCCGCCUCCGCAGCCGCUGUUUGGUGUCGGAACGUUACUUUAUUGAAGGAAACAAUACUGGAGAAAACUUUGGGGCCAAAGUGCCCCCCGGCUCUGCCGGGCAGGCAGGGCCCCCCGGGAAGCCGUGGCCGCCUCAGCCCUGCAGCUGUUCAGAAGGAUCUGUCCUCGUGGUCCAGCGGCCGAGGGAGGAGGCACAGCACUGUCCCUCUGCUGAACCCCACACCACAGAGAAGCUGCUGCCACCAAAGGAAGAAGACAGUGGACCCCGUGACUGCCAGAACUCAGGGAUGUCCCAGCGUGGCGCGUGGUGGCCGGUACCACCUCCUUAACUGACAUGGGCCCAGAGACACAACACAGCUACGUCAGACAGAUCAUCAUUCACGACGACUACGAUACCACCACUCAGGCGAAGGACAUCGCUCUGAUGGAACUCCACGAGCCUCUCCAGUGCACCCCCUACGUGCAGCUCGCCUGCGUGCCUGACUUCUCCCUGCAACUCCGGCAGCUGAGAAACUGCUAUGUUGGUGGCUGGGGGGUCACCACGGCCAGAUCUGGAGGACUACCCCCGUCGCUGCAGGAGGCCAAGGUCCCCCUCAUUGACCUUCAAGUGUGUAACAGUAGCGGGUGGUACCAUGGGGACAUCCACCCCCACAACCUGUGUGCGGGCUAUCCGCAAGGAGGCAUCGACACCUGCCAGGGGGACAGCGGGGGUCCUCUGGUCUGCCAAGAUCCCCAUGCUGACCACUUCUGGCUGGUGGGAGUGACCAGCUUUGGGGUAGGCUGUGCCAGAGCCCGUCGGCCGGGGAUUUACGCCUCUACUCAAUACUUCCGCCAGUGGAUCCUGACCCAGAUGGCGAUGCCCUCAUCGGAAGCAGCAGCUGCAACAGCAGAAAGUCAUUUUAGCACCGAGUUGAACCCCAUUGAGGCACUCCAGCCAGUUCCUAUACGGCCUCUGGCAGGGGACAGCGUGGGUCCUCUGGUCUGCCAAGAUCCCCAUGCUGACCACUUCUGGCUGGUGGGAGUGACCAGCUUUGGGGUAGGCUGUGCCAGAGCCCGUCAGCCGGGGGUUUACGCCUCUACUCAAUACUUCCGCCAGUGGAUCCUGAUCCAGAUGGCAGAUGGCGAUGCCCUCAUCGGAAGCAUGGCACAGAAUGUCCCAGCGUGGCAUGUGGUGGCCGGUAUCAACAACUUGGCUCAGGAGGGCCCUGAGGUCCAAGUGGGCUAUGUGAGGCGGAUCCUGGAUCACAAAGGCUAUAACAACAUCACCAUGGCAAAUGACAUCUCCUUGAUGGAACUCCACGAGCCUCUCCAGAGCAGCCCCUACGUGCAGCGCGCCUGCGUGCCCGAUUUCUCCCUGCGACUCUGGGAGCUGUGA